AUGCACUUCACAGCAGCCCUCUCUGCUGCCUUAUUGGCCAUCAGCGGCGCAAUAGCCAGCCCUGUUGCCGAGUUAGCUGUCCGGCAGGGAGGCACACCUAGCUCCACCGGUACCCAUAAUGGCUUCUACUACUCAUUCUGGACCGACGGUCAAGCUGCGGUGACCUACACCAACGGCGAUGGCGGUUCGUACAGCGUCGAAUGGUCUGGAAACCAGGGCAACUGGGUUGGUGGAAAGGGUUGGAGCACUGGAGGCCCUCGCAAUAUCGAAUACUCUGGCGAAUACAACCCAAAUGGCAACAGCUACCUCGCCAUCUACGGCUGGACUCGCAGCCCUCUGAUUGAGUACUACAUCGUUGAGUCCUUUGGCACCUAUGACCCAUCCAGCGGCGGCGAGUUCAAGGGUACUGUGGAGUCUGACGGUGGCACCUACAACAUUUACACCAGUACUCGCGUCAAUGCUCCAUCUAUCGAUGGAACUCAGACAUUCACCCAGUACUGGUCUGUGCGCACUCAGCACCGCGUGGGUGGAACCGUCACUAGUAGCAACCACUUUGAUGCCUGGGCCUCGCAUGGUAUGCCUAUGGGUAACCACGACUACAUGAUUGUCGCGACCGAGGGUUACCAGAGCAGCGGUUCUGCGAGUAUCACUGUUGCCGGACCAUGA